AGUUGGUGCUCAGGUCUGAAAAGAGAAGGAUCAUCUGGAUCAUCUACAGACUACAGACAUCCUAUAAACAUCUGAAACAGUGAAGAAGGGGGAGAAAAUGGUGGUGUUGAAAAUCCUGCUGUUCCUCACAGCUGCUGUUCCUCUAUCUUCAGCAGAAACUCACUCUCUGAGGUAUGUCUACACGGCUGUAACUCCAGGAAUAAACUUGCCAGAGUUCACUAAUGUGGGUCAGGUGGACGGAGAACCCUUUGUGUACUAUGACAGUGACAGUCGGAACUUCGUUCCAAAGACAGAGUGGAUAAAGAAGAUUGUUGGCUAUGAGGCAGGUUACUUUGACAGAGAGACACAGAAUCAUCAUGGUUACCAGGAGACCUUCAAAGUCAGUGUGCAGAAUGUAAUGCAGCGCUUCAACCAGACCAAAGGAGUUCACACAUGGCAGAAUAUGUACGGUUGUGAGAUGGAUGAUGAUGGAACUAAGAGAGGAUAUGAUCAGUUUGGUUAUGAUGGAGAAGAUUUCGUCAGUCUGGAUCUGAACACUCUCACCUGGACUGCACCGACUCCUCAAGCUGUCAUCACCAAACAGAAGUGGGAGAAGAGUGCAUGGGCUGUUCAAGAUAAAGCCUACCUGAUGACUCAGUGUAUCGAGUGGUUACAGAAGUACGUGGGUUACGGCAGAUCCACACUGAUGAGGAAAGUAUCUCCUGAGGUGGAUCUGUUCUCGAGUGACUCUUCUUCUCCAGUGGUGUGUCACGCUACAGGGUUCUUCCCCAAAGCAGUGAUGAUCUCCUGGCAGAAGAACGGAGAGGAACUGAAUGAGGACGUGGAGCUCAGAGAGACGCUGACCAACCAGGAUGGAACCUUCCAGAAGAGAAGCAUUCUGACCCUCUCACCUGAGGAGCUGAAGAACAACAAGUACACCUGUGUAGUUCAGCACAGCAGCCUGGAGAAGGAGCUGGUGCUGAAAGUGUCUGACCGCAGAGUCCUGUCAGGUGGAGUACCGCUUGGUGUGAUUGCUGGUGUAGUGGUGGCUGCUCUAAUUGUCCUCAUCGCCUGUGUUGGAUUUGUGAUUUGGAAGAAGAAGAAGUCUGAUGAGAAACCUGUAUUCACUCUUGUUUCGGGAAAUCCCAAAGCCCCCUCUGAAACUUCAUCUGACACCUCCUAGAGAUCCUGUAUCUUCAGAUGAUUGGAAAAAGAGAUGGAGCGAGGACAUAAAUGAUGGUGUGGAUACGAGGAGAUCAGUUAAAAAUCUGCAGAUAUUUCUGUUUCUCAGUAAAAACUUCAGUCUGAUCAAUAUUAUUACAAUCCUAAUCAAAUCUGUCAUAUUGUGGGAAUUUAAGAGGUAAUUGCGCUGUACUCGAUAGGUAAUUCAGUAAAACUGGGUUAAGAGGUUUUGUUAUUUUUAUAUUUGAGUGAGUUUUGUAAAGUAUUUUGAUUCUAUUUGCUGCCGUUUGUUAAGCUUGACUUAGAUCUGUUUUUCUGAAUUUUCCUGAUUUUUAGACGUUGACUCAUUAUGGAACAGUGGGUUCCUUCAUUUUUACUCCAUCAUCUCCAUUCCUUCAAACUAUCAACCUUAUAGGAAGCAAAAUAAGAUGUAAAUAUUGUGUUUGAAUGGUCACUGCAGGAUUAUUUUAUGACUCUUAAUUCAGUUUAAGAUCAGCUGGCUUUCAUACAACAAUACUGAAUUCCAGAAGCUUCUUUUUUUUUUGUUCAGUUUUCAGGUCUGAUUAUCAUGAAUACUGAUAAUGAUAUUGUACAAUAACAGGAUGGUUAUUGUUAAUGAUGCUUCAAAAUGAUUACUGAACAUGUUUUUUUCGCAGGUUUAUUAAAUUAAUUUGCGGUUAAAUAAAUAAAAUAGGCUAAAUGUAUUUUGUCUUGUGUUUUUAAAAAAUGCAAUUAAGAAAAUACAAUUAAAAAUAUAUACAGACAUAAAGCACAAUAAAGUACACUACAUCAAUUUUACGGUGGUGGUCCACUGAUGCAAAGUUAAUGCUGUCGCUGGGUAAAAAUUAUGAAAUGAUUUUUGUUAAUAUCACAAUUACAAAACUCUACAGAUGCUUUUUAUUGCAUUUAAUUAAUGAAGCUGAAUCUGGCAUUUGUGAGCUCCCUGCUGGCUCUCUCCCACACUCCCUGUCAGCUCUGCAUACAGCAUCUCUUUAAUACACGGUAGAGCUGCUGCUAAACACUGCAAAUAUGACUUAAAAUAAAUGAAUCA